AUGCAUGCAGUGUGCAUACCAUUCCCAGCUCAAGGCCACAUAAACCCUAUGAUGAAGCUGGCCAAGCUCCUCCACGGUCGAGGGUUCUACAUAACCUUCGUCAACACCGAGUUCAACCACCGCCGCCUCCUCAAAUCUCGUGGCCCUCAUUCCCUUGAUGGUCUCAAAACCUUUCGAUUCGAGACAAUCCCUGAUGGCUUGCCAGAGUCCGACAAUGUUGAUGCCACUCAGGAUGUUCUGUCUCUUUUUAGAUCAACCAGAGAUACAUGUUUGGGUCCAUUUCAAGAUUUACUCUCCAGACUCAGGGUCAGGGAGGAGCAGCUGGGAGAUCCUCCGGUGACAUGUAUAGUCUCCGAUGGGUCGAUGAGCUUAACUAUUGAUGCGUCUGAGGUGUUGGGAGUUCCUAAUGUCCUUUUUUGGACUACUAGUGCUACUGGAUUUAUGGGUUACGUUCAAUAUACGAAUUUGAAGGACAAGGGCUAUAUUCCGCUCAAAGAUGAGAGCUGUUUUGGAAAUGGUUAUUUGAAUACGACCAUAGACUGGAUCCCUGGAAUGGAAGGCGUGCGGUUGAAAGACUUUCCCAGCUUCAUUCAAACCACAGAUCCUAAUGAUUUUGCCGUUCACUACGCCAUUAACGAAAUAAACAGAGCUAAGCGAGCCUCCGCCAUUGUUCUCAAUACCUUCGAUGAACUAGAGCCCGACGUUCUACGUUCCCUCUCUACUAUCUUCUCACCACCAAUAUACACCAUUGGCCCUCUCCAUCUUACAAAAUCAGAGCUUCAAAACAAUGAAUCAGGUAUCAGGGCUAUGGGUUCCAAUCUCUGGAAAGAAGAAACAGAGUGCCUUCAAUGGCUCGACUCAAAACAACCUAAUUCAGUCGUCUACGUUAACUUUGGAAGCAUAACCGUGAUGACGGCGAAUCAGUUUCUUGAAUUCGCAUGGGGAUUGGCUAAUAGCGAGAAACAGUUUCUCUGGAUUAUAAGACCCGACAUCAUGGCGGCUGGAGAAACUGCGAUCUUGCCGGCGGAGUUCAUCGAGGAGACUAAAGAAAGAGGAAUGGUGGCGAGCUGGUGCCCACAGGAAAAGGUAUUGGCCCAUGGAGCAAUUGGGGGGUUUUUGAGCCACAGCGGAUGGAACUCCACGAUCGAGAGUAUUUCUUAUGGAGUUCCGAUGAUCUGCUGGCCGUUUUUUGCAGAGCAGCCUACGAAUUGCUGGUUCUGUCGUGAGAAAUUGGGGAUUGCCAAGGAGAUGGACGGCGAUGUGAAGAGGGAAAAUGUGGAGGGAUUGGUUAGAGGAUUGAUGGGUGGAGAAGAAAAAGAAGGAAAGAAGAUGAGAGAAAAUGCAAUGGAGUGGAAGAAGAAAGCGGAGGAGACCAUUAGGGAUGGCGGUUCGUCACAUGGAAAUCUUGACAAGUUAAUUCACGAGGUGCUUCUCCCUUGA